UUGGAAGUGAGUGUGCGGGAGCUGAGAGAGGACGAGAUGAGCGGAGUCAGAGAGAAAACUCUUAGAGAAAAGCUUUUUCUCCAUCGGAACACCCCUAACGUUAAUUCGUUCCACCUGCAAUAUCCAAUUUCGCAUUUUCUUCUGUUAUCGCCCGAUACUGAUAGCAGUCUCUACUUCUGACGACACCAGACAUUGAUGAUGUUAUUGUGCAGGCAAAAAAAGGCUGGAGUUCUGGCUCUUCUUGCAGUGGCAGAACAUGCUGGGGAGUUUGAGAAAAUCAUACAGCUGUCACAGAGGUUUCCUGGUUUUGUGAUGCCCUGUCUUGGGGUUCACCCAGUUCAAGGCCAAGACCCAGCACACCCCCGGGGGGCAUUACUAGAGGAUCUAGACGCUGCCUUACCCUUAAUUGAAAAAUAUAAAGAACACAUUGUGGCUAUUGGUGAGGUUGGCCUUGACUUCACACCCCGGGUAGUUGAUAAUGAUGCAGGAAAAGAAAGCCAGAGACAGGUGCUCAUUCGUCAAGCAGAGAUUGCGAAGCAGCUGAGUCUUCCUCUGAAUGUCCACUCAAGAUCUGCUGGAAGACCUAUGAUUCAUCUUUUAAAGGAGCUAGGUGUAAAAAAUGCCCUUCUUCAUGCAUUUGAUGGGAAACCCUCAGUUGCAAUGGAGGGUGUCCGUGCAGGGUAUUUUUUUUCAAUACCACCAUCGAUUGUAAGAAGUGAACAGAAGCAGAAACUUGUGAAACAGCUGCCACUGGAGAAUAUGUGUCUGGAGACAGAUUCACCAGCACUUGGACCAGAGAAACAGGUGCGAAAUGAACCAAGGAAUAUCACUGUUAGUGCUGAGUACAUUGCCAAAACCAAAGGAAUUCCCUUGGAAAAGGUCAUGGAAGUCACCACACUUAAUGCUCUCCGUCUUUUUCCCAAGUUGAAGACAUUUAUCAAAAUGUGACCGUGGCAAGAAGACAUCUACCAAGAUCUAAACAAUGUAGUGCAGUCUGUAGUUGGUCAGCGACUCUGUUUUGUUGUUUCUACUCUGUAUUCAAGCAUACUGGAUUACAAAUAAAAAUGACUGUAGUUUUUGGAGAGCUAUAUAA